UUCUUCACCCCGAGAAACACACUAACAUUCCCUCACUUCCGAACCUAACUCUAAACCUUUCCUUCGCUACGAACCUAAAAUUUUCCUUUACUCCCUUUAAAAAAAAAAAAAAACAAUUUCCUUUUUUAAAAAUUAAUUUUUAUUUUUUUUUGACACUGAUUCGAACUUCGAUCCCUUUAUCUUCGCUUCCGUGUCUGAAAAAUCCAAUUCUAGAGAGAGAAGCAAAAGAAAAGAAAGAAAUGAUUUUUAGAGAGAGAGGGAGUGUUUGCACCGUCGUUUUAAGUUAAAACUAUCCCGUCGUUUUGAAAUUUUCUCCUUCUCUCUCUAAUUAAGCUUAGCUUCGUUAGUUACAGUUAAUUUUUUAAUUUAAAAAAAAAGGACUUGCCGUUUCUUAGCUUUUCUUGAAGAACCCUAAAGAAAGGCUCUUUGGCUUUGGGUUCAGAUCAAAAGCUUAUGUUGCUCUUGCUCCCUUUUUUUAUCUGAAGCAUUUGUUUUCUUUUUUGGAUGAUAUCUUGAAGAGUGGAGUAGUGGGAAUUUGGAGAGUACUUCGGGAGAUGUCCUGUAGAAAAAGCUGUUUUUGAGCUGUGAUGAUCUUAUUUAUGGAUAUGCUUAUAUUUUGCAAAAGCAUAUAGCUACAAAAUAGUGGUGGGAGGAUUUUAAUGCCAGGUAACGAAGUUGAAGAUGGGAUCCACAGUCUAUUCGAGCUAGACAACUCUCUCCAGGGCCAGCAUCUGCCACAAGCUACGGAUGGAAGUUGGCUGGUGCUUAACUAUAAUCAGUUGGUUGGAAAGCUGAGACAGAUUGGGGCACCCCAGCAUUUCAGUUUGAAAAGCUACAGCUUGCAACAAUUAGAUUCUGUAGGAGGACAUGGUGGUGAAGCUUUAAAUCAGAACAGUAGACAAUUGUCUCCAACACUUGAGUAUUCCCAGCUUCUUUCCAGCAACCAUCAACAGAAUACAAAUGGCUUCUUCCUUGAGUGUCAGGGUUUUGGGAUGCAACACAAUCAACAAGGGUUUUUGGGUGAAAAUACAGGUUAUGAUCAGCAUAAUUUGAUUUCCAGAGGCUCUUCUAUCUUUAAAUCACAUAAAGAAAAUGAGUCUUGUGAGAGUCCCACCCUGACAACAAAUUCGGAAAGAUCGGAAAUUACUGAAGCUUCUACUGAUUUAAACUUUGUUAAAGGGCAAAAACAACUUUUGCACAUCCCACAACUGGGUUUUCAGCAACCUCUCCCCAUGCAGCAGUCUGGCUAUAAUGAUAUGCAGUUGUUGCAGCAGCACAUAAUGAUCAAGCAGCUGCAAGAUCUUCAGAGACAGCAGCAACUUCAACAGUUCGGUGAUAUGAGGCAGCAGAAUACUUUAAACCAACUUUCUGCUAUCGCCAAACAGUCUGCUGCAGGUCAGUUCGCAUCUCUCAUUAAUGGAACACCUGUUCAUGAAGCAUCACAGAUGUUUAUGAACAUUGUACAGCAAGGUACAUCUUCUACUACUACAGGAGUAUCUAACAGAGUUGUUUUCCCGCAAGAUCAAGGUCAGGCUUUCUGUUCAAUGGGCCUAAGUUCUCAGCAGCCUGGUGCAUCUUUAUACGGGACUCCUGUUGCUAGUGCAAGAAGUAAUACGACUCAAUAUUCUCAACAAGGAAUCUCUAAUGACACCACUAAUUUGUUGACUAAAGCUGGUGGUCAAGCACAGAAGCCUACUAUGCAGUCAUCAGGUGGAUUCUUGAGAGAUCAAUACACUGUUUCACCAGAUCAGGUCUACAUGUCACAAGGUACAUUAAUAUCCAACCCAGGAUUUCAGGGGAAAGAUAUGUUUGGUCCAGCUUCUGUCCAGAGCAUAAAUAGUGGGAAUAUAUCUGGAAGCUUCCAGGCUGGGAAUGCCACACAAAUCAAUGCAUCUGCCAAGGACUUCAAUGGAAGGCAAGAGCAGGCUGGUUGGCCUGCAAUGCAGCAGAAAACUACACAAAGUGGUCCCUCUCAGGGAUUGGUUCCUUUAGACCCAAUGGAAGAGAAAAUAUUAUAUAAUAUGGAUGACAAUUUCUGGGAUCCCUCCUCAGGCAGGCGCACUGAUUUAGGUGCAGGAAGUUUCAGCAAUGCAUUGGAGAACUCAGAUUUUUCAAAUGCAUUUCCAUCUAUUCAGAGUGGGAGCUGGAGUGCUCUAAUGCAGUCUGCUGUGGCUGAGGCUUCUAGCAGUGAUACUGGGCUACAAGAGGAGUGGAGUGGACUGACAUUUCAGAAUACUGAACAGUCAACUGAUAAUCAGCUUUCAAACUUUGUCGACAGUGAUAAGCAACAGGCAGGUUGGAUUGAUGGCAACCUACAGAGUGCCUCCUCCUUUAGUUCAAAGCCCAUGCCCAUGUUCAAUGAUUUUGGUGUAAGCUCUAGCUUCCCUGGUUUUCAGCAGCCUGGCACCCAAUUUUCAACUGAACAGGAAGAGUAUCUACCCCAUAAUGUAUCGCGUGGGUCUUCUGGAAAGAAGUCCCUCAAAGUCACUUCCGACUGGGUAGAUUGUGGUAAUCAACAGAAGCAAUCCUUUGAGGGAGGUGAACAAGCACAGUCAUAUAUGCAUUUAAAUAAUGCUUGGGCAGGUCAGAUUUACGAGCACCCUGACAGUGGUGUUCAUCCGCAAAGGACUAGCUCACAUGAAAAUUUUGUCCAACCUUAUAUUAAACAUAAAGGUAGUGCUAGUGAUGGUUUUUGUCGAAGUCAUCAACUGGAGGAGUGGAGCAAGUACAAUCUGUCAUCUGGUCAACGAGUCAUAGAUAAUAAUAGAUCCGAUUACCUGAGACAUGCUGAUAUCUCUGCCAUCAAGGAAAGUGAGAGUACAAGGCAAAAACAGCAUCAGAUAAGCAAUGGGCCUUAUGGUUUUGCUAGCACUUUAGAGGGAGAAGGUGAAAUAUAUGUAACUAAGCAAAAGAGUUACCAAAGGCAGGCUUCAAGUGACAGCUAUAAUUCAAAAGGAUUGAGUGGUCGUGACCAAGGACAUUCUGGUCAGGUCAAGUUUCUUGGUGAUGUGUCUAGUGGCAGUGCAAACUUCAAUGAGGUGCACUCACCUUUAGAUGAGGUGACUUCUGGGGAUGAUAUCAAAUCAGUUGGCCCUGAUGGAUCAAUAACUGCUGCUCAGACAAGUCAAAAUAUGCUUGAGCUACUUCACAAGGUUAACCUUCCAAGGGAGGUUGGUGCUAUGUCACAUUCUGGCUCUAUAGACUCUAAUGCAUUGGCCAAAGUUCCGGAGGCAGGAGCUCAUAUAUCUCUUGCUCAACUAUACAAUCCAUCUUCUACUUCUCAAGGGUUUAGUUUAAGGUUGCCCCUUCCAUCACAACAGCUGUCAAAUUCAAAUCUUUUGCUCAAUUCUCAGGGUUCACCACAGGCUUUAAGUUAUCUAAAAUCAGGGCAGGUCAGUCAGACAUGGGCAGCUUCCCCAUAUUCCGUUCAAUCUUUUCCGCUGGCAGAUGAGUUGUCUCAAAGAGUACUAUUGGCUGAUAAAUCAAGUAUGUCCGGACAGACAUGCAUUUCAUCGUACUCAAACAUGCAGGGGAGUGCUUUUGCAGCCUUUGCAUCCAGUCUUCCACAUCUGGUAAAUCAAACACAACUGCAACACACGCCUAAUUCACCUGUAGCAUCUCCAUCAAUACAGGCGACACUUUCAAGUACAAGCAGGAAUCCCCCUUUUAACCUUGCCGCCUCUCAAGAUACGUCUCAACAGAUUUCUGCCAAUCAUUUUAGUCAACACUUUCCAGUUUUGGAGGCUUCACAGGUAUCUCAGCCUUCUAUCAUGUCAGGAAUGUCAAGGCAGGGUGAAUUUUCAGCAAUGCAAAAUGCAUGGACAACUGCACCAACUCAGCAGAAUCUUUCUGUUUUAGAACCUCUCAAGGUUCCUGCCAGCUUGCCACCCUCCACGGAUCCCACAGAUAGGAGUAUAAACUCCAGUAAAGGUGGUUAUGGGGAGAUGCAGGCAGGAAAAGAGAGGUCUCUGCAGCAAAUGUCUUCUGAUAGGACAGUUUCUUCCCUGCCUACUAGCUUCUGUCAAGGAGAACCAUCACAAAAGCAUUGCUUAAAUGCAAGUUCUCUCCCUUCUUCCUCAUCAAUGUCUCAUUCUAACCAGGGGGUCCUUGAUGGGAUGAAACAUGAUAAUAACCAAGCCGCUAUGACUUCUGAAAGAAAGAUUGCACCUGGUGCCCAUUCUUUGAAACCAUCUAAUUGUCUCCUGCAAAAUUACUCCCUGAUGCACCAAAUACAAGCAAUGAAUACUGCUAAGACUGAUCCAAGUAAGAGUACCCAUGAGGCUCAGCAGGUUGCUUCUGUGGUGGGACAGCAGUUGCAUGAAAAUAAUUCAAGUUUGAGAAACUCUAUGGAUAGUGGACCAAGUUUAGCACCAGCGGAGAAUAACAAAAUUUCAAGCUUCUUCGCAGGUUCAAGAGAAGAUCCAACCGUAAAAGCUUUGGCGCAGACUGCUCUCCGAAAUAUGCCUUCGCAUGACAUGGUCAGAUUUGGUCAAAAUAUUUCUCAGAGCCAAUCUACUAGCAGCUCUUAUGUAACUAAUCAUAUGAACAAUGGCCAGGGUAAUCUACAUAUGGCACCCUCUUGGUUUAAGCAGUAUGGGUCCUUCAGAAAUGGGCAGAUGCUUUCAAUGUCUGAUGCCAGGAUUACAAAAUCUGUCUCUGAACGUUUCUCCCUCUUGAAACCUUCUCAAAAUCUGCAUCUUCAAGCCUCUGUUGGACAAAUAGAUGCUGUGGAGGCUAGUCAAGCUGCUGUUUCGAGGCCAAGCUCAGCUACCACCUUGGUGGAAAAUGAACUCUUUUCAGCUCCAUAUGUGUUGCCGGCAAGUAUCAACAAUCAAAAUAUUGUUACUACAAGACCAAAGAAGCGCAAAGCUAUGACAUCUGAGCUUCUGCCAUGGUGGAAAGAAGUGUCACUAGGUUCCCAAAAACCUCAAAAUAUCAGUCUAUCAGAACAAGAGUGGGCUGAGGCCACAAAUCGUUUCUGUGAGAAGGUGGAAGGUGACAUUGAAAUACUUGAAAAUGUGCAUCCAAUGCUUCGAUCAAAGAGGAGGCUUGUCUUGACAACACAGCUUAUGCAGCUAUUGCUUCAUCCUGCACCAGCUUCGAUUAUCAGAGAAGAUGCCAGCUCAAACAAUGAUAGUAUAUCAUACUUUGUUUCUAGAGUAGCUCUAGGUGAUGCAUGCAGCCUUUCCUAUGGUGUAAGAAAUAAUAUGCAUCUCUCCUCUGACGACAGUGACAUGAUCUCUGAGAAGCUGAAAACUUUUGAGAAAACUGGUAACCAGAAAAUUGUGGAAGUCCUGGAAGGUUUUACUGAUAGAGCUAAGAAACUAGAAAACAACUUCCAAAGAUUUGACAAGAAAGUGUCAGUUCUAGACAUCAGAGUGGAAUGUCAGGAGCUGGAACGCUUUUCUGUCAUCAACCGUUUUGCCAGAUUUCAUAACCGAGGACAAGGAGAUACCUCUGGAGCUGCAUCAUCCUCUGCAAUCCAUAAACCAGUUCCCCAGAGAUACGUCACAGCACUUCCAAUGCCUAGGAAUAUACCAGAGGGGGUACAAUGUUUUUCGCUGUGAUCAUGAUUUAACUGAUCCUCUCUCUAAUAGAAUCUUGUUUUCAUCUAUUCUCUUCAUGCCAUAUCAACUCAUCUCUCCAUGAUCUUUCUCUUCACUAACCUCAAUGCUGGCAAGCAAGAAAGACGAGAAUGCAUGAUGGAAUGCUGGACAGGUCAACCUUGUAGUGAGGCCCUCAGUUAUUUUGAGUUGAGGCCAUUGCUGUCAUUUUUGAGAAAGUAAAUAUUGUUUCUUGUAUAUUUUCAUGAAAGUCCAAGGAGAAUAGGAGUAUUCUAAGUGUCUUUUGAAAAAGAACAAAGAGGAUCAUCAAUAUGAAUGUCUUUUAACUUAUUACAUAAAUAGUGGAAUUUAGCAUGCCUAAAACGUAGAUAAUAUUUGUAUCUUUGCCUUUGCUGGAUUCUCUUCCCCGUCUUUUUUUUUUUUUCGCUCUUUCAGGUUUUUUUCUGCUAUGAGUGGAAGGACGGAAGAAUAGCAUCUAGCAGAGCAGCAAUUAUUCAGUAAAUGCAAAAAUAUUAAUGGCAAGUACAAGUGGUUGGAAUUUUAUAAUCUAAGGAUAUGUAACAGGGGCUUCCCACUUGAGAUUUCCACCACUUAAAUGGCCUUUGGAACGCAACUACAAGGUUAAAUGCUUCUCUGACUUUGCACUUCAUUAAAGAUCACUUUUCGUCUGUCACGUGUGUUUGUGGUUACCUUGACUUGCGUUUUAUUGGGGGAAAACAAAAGAUGUACGUGAAAAGGAUUUCAGAAACAUCAGUUGACAACUUUAUGAACUAAGGAUUUGUUUUCUUUGAAAAGUACAAAGUUUCAGACACUGAUUCUUCUGAUUUUCCGCAGCCGAGAUUGAGUAAACGACAAGAGAAGACUUUUUAUGACAGCAAAAGCAUGGUUGGUUUUUUUUGGCUUCUGAUGUUGGGAGGAUUCUGAGUACUUGGUUGUCUUUCAUUCUCUCCUUUUAAAAAAAAAUUGACUGAAAGCAGCACUGACACGUCAGUUGUUGUGGAUUCUCUAUUCGUUAAUAACUAACUUCUAUCAACCUUGUCAGUGUCAGUGUCAGGGUCAGUAUCUGAUCCAAUUCAUGGAUGGAGAGUGAUGUGGGAAAGAUAUCAUGGAAAAGCUGAAAAAUCCUCUGUUGAGAACAAGCAGAAUAAAUAUAAAAAACUAGAAACAAAAUCAAUCAAUUUCUUUUCUUUUCUUUUUUCUUUUUAUAUUAAUAGUACCUGGUAAUAAUUCUUUGGUGGGGUUUGGUUUCACUAAUCCAUGGUUUUCUCAUUGGUGGACAAGCAAUUUGCUGAUAAAAUUGGUGGGAAUGUCUUCUGUUUCCAACAUGCAAACACUUAAACAAUAUAAACAAAAUAAUUAUCCAGUAAAAAGGAAAGAAACAAAUUAUUUUCCACCAUCAUUUCCAGGUGUGUUUGCACCUUUUGUCUCGUAUCAAAUGGGCCCCAAAAAAUACCCAUUGUGUGGCACCCUUGGACCCUUGGCUUGUUGGGUUUUGAUUUGAUUAUUCUU